GAAUCUCGUAAAUUACAAUUUUAAAAACAUAAAUUUAACAAUGAUAUCACAAAACCAACUAUGGCUUAGACCUAGAUAUCAAAGAAAUCUUACAAUAUUACAACUUGCCCAGCUUGAUAUUAACGAGUAACCGCUUUUGUAAAAUGGAGGAAAGAAUUCUCUCCAUGGGUUACCAGGAGUCAAAUCCACAUGUUGAAGCCACUUAAACAGUCACUUGUGAGAAAUAUCUCACAUAUUUUUUCUCGUAUUCAUUGCUAUUUUCAAAGUUUAGAAAUAUGAGUUACUUCUUGCUGUUUAUUGUUUACAUUAAAAUUACUAUAACUAAUAAGUUGAAAUUAUAUGCUAAAUUGUAAUAUCGAAUUAUUCCUUCGGAUAAACACAAUCGAAUAAUUCGAUAAUAGAAGUCUAAUAACGAGUGUAGGCCGCUUAUUAAAGUCUACCCGUAUUUUUAAAUGGCCAGACUAGAAACAACAGCUAUUACACACAAGUCUCUAAGAGUAAACUGUGUGUAGCUUCUACAGUGUCAAGAAAUUCAGGAUAAAAAUAUCAGGUGGUUUCAUGACUACUCAGAUGACUAGCCUAUAAUUAGACCUGUGUUAAACAACGGUCAUAAAAAGAAGGGUAGAUAAUUUUUUAAAUGUUCAAAAAUAUGAAGUUCUAUUUUCAUCCUGCCAAACUGACUCGGAUAAGAAGAAAUUUGUUUUCUACACAAGUGGUCAACCACGGUGGUCAGGUUGUCUUGUCAAGUGAAGCAGCAACUCAUGUUAUUGUCGAGGAGACAAGUGAUCACUCGGGCCUCCCGGUCUCUCUGUGGGCAGGCGAUCCGGUUGUGGUUGGUACGCUCUGGCUAAGCCAGUGUCUCAAGAAGCAGGCAAUUCAAGACCAACAACCGUAUGUUGUCAGCCAGCCAAUCCAGAAACGUUCAAACCCCUUCUCCUGAACCAGCCACCACUUCAAAAAAACCAGCCACGUCAGAUAUUGUUGUUGAGAAGUACGCAUGCUCCCAGUCGUCUUCAGCCAGUGAUGCCUCGUGUAACGCUGUAGUGUUGAGUCAACUGAGAAGGCUAGCAGAUACCUACAGAGCUAGAGGAGAUCAGUGGAGAGCACAUGGGUACGAGAAGGCCAUCAGUGCGAUUCGUCGCCAUGGAAAAGAAAUCACCUCGUCUGAGGAAAUUGCAAGCCUAGAAGGUGUCGGAGCCAAAAUGGCAUCAAAAGUGAUGGAAGUUUUAUCAACGGGCAAAAUCCGCAAGGUGGAAGAGCUGUGUGAGACGGAGGAGAGUCGAGUGUUGGACCUGUUCAGUGGCAUCUGGGGGGCAGGACCCGCUACUGCCAAUGCUUGGUAUAUAAAGGGUCAUAGAACGCUGAAUGAUUUAAUUGAGAAAGAAACGCUAACCAAACAACAGCAAAUUGGGAUAAAAUACUAUAAACAGUUUUCAGAAAGAAUGUCUCGCAGUGAAGUCGAGGAAAUUGGACAGAAGGUGACGGAGGCUGCCCUACAAGUGGAUCCCUCGCUAACCACAAUGCUCUGUGGGUCAUACCGAAGGGGCAAGGUUACAUGUGGUGAUGUGGAUGUGGUUGUCAUCAAACCGGACAGACUGAAUUCAAAAAAUAUCCUUACAUCAAUUUUGGCCAAGCUGAAAGAAUCAGGUUUUAUAACUGAUGAUCUGGUGAGCCUGGAAAAGAGCGGAAACCAGAGAAAAUAUCUUGGAGUCUGCAAGUUGCCUGGGGAUAAAAGAAUACAUCGCCGCCUGGAUAUAUUUGUGGUGCCUGAGUCGGAGUCGGCAUGUGCCAUCAUGCACUACACUGGGUCUGCGCUGUUCAACCGUUCCAUCCGGCAGCUCGCUGCCAAGAGAGAUAUGCACUUGUCUGAACACAGACUAGAGGCAGGAGUGAUUCGACAGGGCUCAGAAAUACAAAACAAAGGACGUGUUUUACCGACACCAACAGAGGCGUCCAUCUUCGAACAUCUGAACUUGGAAUACCGGCCUCCAGAAGAAAGGGACCAUUAGUUUUAAUUUAGAAGACUUUUUACAUUAAUUAUUAAUUUGUGAUAAAUUUUAUUUAUUUGUGUAUAACCUUUUUAAUAUCAAAUAUAUUUUCUGACUCCCUUAUUGGUAUUAUACUAUGCAAUGUAUUAUGUUAUAAUCCGAGAUUAUCUACUUUAAUUUUUAAAUUUUUUUUUUAUGAGUACAACACUUUGUUAAUGUGUAUAUAACCUAUUGCAUAUACGGCUGUGUUCACUAGUUUGAAAAAAAUUCUGUUAGACUAUUUUUAUGUACUGAAUACAUAAAAAUGUUUUUAAGUUUUGUUACCAUAAUGCAUGAUUAAAUAGUACGAUACUGCAAGUAAGUGUGAUAAAAUGCAUUUACCUCUUUAAAAUGUUAUGGAUGGAAGUUGGAAAUAUUAAAUAGUAGCAUGAUUUUUAACCUGCAAGCUACUAUACUAUUUAAAAAAUUUUUUAUAACAUUAUUUUAUACAUCACGGUAUAUUUUCUGUUAAAAUUGAUUUUAAACUAAGGAUUUAUUUGUUAUGAAAAUAGUAUUUAUUGUUUGCAGGUCUUACUAAGUUGUAUUACAGUUUUAUUAGAUUAAUAUAUGUUUCUUAAAACAA